UAUAUGCCUGAAUGUCCAGUCCAAUUGCUGGGACGUGAUAUGCUAUCAAAAUUACAAGCGCAGAUUACGUUCCUACCAAAUGGAACAACAUCCUUAAAGUUUAAUGGACCUUCAGGUAUUAUGACACUAUCCGUACCAAAGGAAGAAGAGUGGCGACUUUAUACAGCGUUGACUAGCCAAAACCCUAGGAGUGAUGAGUCUUUAUUCAACAUACCAGGAGUUUGGGCAGAGAACAACCCACCAGGACUGGCCCGCAAUAUUCCACCUAUUAAAAUUGAACUAAAACUUGGGGUUUAUCCAGUGAGCCUAAGACAAUACCACAUCCCGCAGAAGGCUAAGAAGAACAUCCAAUCUUAUCUGGAUAAGUUCAUACGGUAUGGUAUCCUAAAAUUCUGUACUUCCCCCUGGAACACCCCAUUGCUGCCUGUUCAAAAGCCCGGUACAGAUGAGUAUCGACCUGUGCAGGACUUGAGAGCAGUCAAUGAUGCGGUUGUUAGUAUACAUCCAGUUGUGCCCAAUCCAUAUAACCUGCUUGCUUUAAUUCCGGGCGGGGCUACUUACUUUACAGUCUUAGACCUCAAAGAUGCCUUCUUUUGCCUCCGAAUUGCCGCAGAAAGUCAAUGUAUUUUCGCUUUCCAAUGGGAGAAUGCUGUAACGGGCUCAAAACGCCAAAUGACUUGGACAAGACUGCCCCAAGGGUUUAAAAAUUCACCUACCCUAUUUGGUUCAGCUCUAAGUCAAGAUCUACUGGAUUUCGAGUCCAUCCCAGGAGAGUGUGUAUUGUUACAAUAUGUAGAUGACUUGUUGAUAGCAGCAGUUACAAAAGAAAUCUGUCAGCAAGCAACGCACGAUCUACUACACAUUCUCUGGAAGGCAGGAUACAAGGUGUCUAGAAAGAAGGCUCAGUUGUGUUUGCCAACUGUCAAAUAUCUGGGAUUCCAUAUCUCUGAAGGUCAAAGAAUUAUGGGACCAGAGAGAAAAGAAGCUGUGUGCCAAAUACCGAUACCCAAGAAUAGAAGACAAGUGCGAGAAUUCUUGGGGGCAGCAGGCUUCUGUAGGAUAUGGAUUCCCAGCUACGCGAUACUGGCAAAACCUCUGUAUGCAGCUAUCAAAGGUACAGAGCACGACCCCUUCUUAUGGACCCAAGAACAGCAAACGGCAUUUGAAGUUGUGAAGAAGGCUUUGAUGAGUGCCCCAGCAUUAGGUCUACCUGAUCACACACGACCAUUCUACCUGUAUGUACAUGAGCAAAGAAGAAUGGCUGUGGGAGUAUUGACACAGUACUUGGGAUCAUGGCAAAGACCUGUUGCCUACAUGUCUAAGCAACUGGAUGCAGUGGCCAGCGGACUUCCACCUUGUCUAAGAGCUGUAGCUGCAGCCGCCCUGCUAGUAGCUGAAGCCGAUAAACUCACUCUAGGUCAAGAACUUUAUGUACGAGUCCCACAUGCAGUACAGACGUUGUUGGAUUACAAAGGAAAUCAUUGGUUUAGUAACAGCCGUAUGACCAAGUAUCAAGCAAUGUUGUGUGAAAACCCAAGAGUGCAUUUAGAGACUGUAAAUACCUUAAAUCCAGCUACCCUUUUGCCACAACCUACUGAAAGUCAACAUGAUUGUUUGGAAGUAAUGGAUGAAGUAUUCUCAAGUAGACCAGAUCUUCGUGAUUUUCCCAUCCAGAACCCCGAUGUUCAAUAUUACACCGACGGCAGUAGUUAUGUGAAAGAAGGGAUCCGCUAUGCAGGAUAUGCAGUAACAACAAUAGACAAGGUGAUAGAAGCUCGGCCACUGGCGAAAGGAACAUCAGCACAAAAGGCAGAAUUGAUAGCACUGACACGAGCGUUACAAUUGGCUGAAGGUUUAAGAGUGAACAUCUACACGGACUCCAAGUAUGCGUUUUUAACCACUCAUGCCCACGGAGCUUUGUAUAAAGAAAGAGGACUACUGAAUUCAGAAGGCAAAGAAAUCAAGUACGCAGCUGAAAUCCUACAACUAUUGGAAGCAGUGUGGGAGCCGAAAGAAGUCGGUAUCAUACAUUGUCGAGCGCAUCUGAGAGGAGAUGGUGAUGUAACCAAAGGAAAUCGGAUGGCAGAUAGUGCAGCUAAGCGUGCUGCUGACUUUACAGUGAUGCCUAAAUCGGGUGGACAUCGUUACCUGUUGGUAAUUGUGUGCACCUAUUCAGGCUGGGUAGAAGCAUGUCCUACUCGUACAGAGAAAGCAGGAGAAGUUGUGAGAUUCCUGCUACGAGAAAUAAUACCCCGAUAUGGACUACCCUGUUCUAUAGGAUCGGACAAUGGUCCAGCUUUUGUUCAUCAGUGCCUACAACAACUGACUCAUAUGCUUGGUAUAAAGUGGAGGCUUCAUACGGCAUAUAGACCCCAGAGUUCUGGUAAGGUAGAGAGAAUGAAUAGAACUAUUAAGAAUCAGUUGGCUAAAAUGUGUCAGGAAACCCAACUUAAGUGGAACGUUCUCUUACCCAUAGCUUUAUUGCGAAUCCGCAGUACCCCUACCAGAAGGAUGGGCCUUUCUCCUUUUGAAAUCAUGUAUGGGCGACCACCUCCCGUACUUGGUAACUUAAGGGGGGACUUGAGUCAGUUGGGAGAAGGAAUUACCCGGCAGCAGGUUGUAGAGUUGGGUAAGACUAUGGAGGAGGUACAGAAAUGGGUACAAGAUAGAUUACCUGUGAAUAUUUAUCCCCCAGUUCAUAGUUAUCAUCCAGGAGAUCAAGUGUGGAUUAAAGAGUGGAAUAAUGUACCGUUAGGGCCCAAGUGGAGAGGUCCUUAUGUUGUUCUUUUGUCUACCCCUACAGCGAUAAAAGUAGCCGAAGUGACUCCGUGGAUACAUCACUCCAGGGUUAAAGUCAAGGGGAACCUUCGGGGCCUUGAGGUCCAGGAGCACCACAGGCACCAGGGACGCCAGGGGCACCAGCAAUACCAGGAGUACCAGUGGGGCCAGUUUGACCGGGAGAACCGUGUUCACCACGAGCACCUUGGGGUGAACCCAUGA